GAACGAAAUACCUUUAUGAAAGACGUUCAUAUCUAUUUUCAGCAAUAGGCAUUCUUAAAGAUGAGUAUUUCUCACAGUGUUUCAGCGGUUUCAGUGUGUGUUUUGAAAUGUACCGUGGGUUGAUGAAAACACAGUAUGUUGGUGUCUGGUACGACAUGGCACAACCCAGAAAUAACUGUGGAAGUGAAACCCAAAUUGGAAGAAAUUAUGAAAAUGAUGUUAUUAAUUUGGUGUCAGAAUGACAAGGCUGUUAAUAUCACUAGUAAAUGUAAUGAUUGCGAUAAAAUCGUCGUGGUUCACCGAGAAUCCGGGGAGUUUGGCUUCCGGAUACACGGAUCAAAGCCGGUGGUCGUGUCAGCCAUCGAGCCUGGCACUCCGGCAGAAUCCUCCGGGCUGGAGGUCGGUGAUAUAGUACUAAUGGUGAAUGGGGUCAGCGUGCUUGACAAGAACCACUCGGAAAUCGUGAAAAUCGCUCAUGCUGGCAGCGACACUCUGGAGAUGGAGGUUGCUAGGACUUGUUAUGCCCUAGAGGACCCCCCUACGGAAAGUGACUGUGCAAAAACCUUGCACUCUGGAUACAUGUGGAAAAUGAACGGUUUCGCUAGUGGGAAAAUGACGGACAAAUGGAUACGAAGAUGGUUCUGUCUGAAAGACAACAGCUGUCUAUACUGUUACAAAACCGAAACGGAUAAACACCCAGUGGACGUCGUCAUGUUGGUGGAUCAGCAGACCAGAGUGCUGACCGACGAAGACAACGUCUCUAAGUGGAACGGCUUCUCCAUCCAACGUCCAGACGGUUUCCCGCUGUAUUUGGCAGCCGACAGCAGCGAAGCGCGCGACCUAUGGAUAGGCCUGAUCGACAGAGCUCUGAGCCACAAGGAAGUCGAAGACCGCUUCUUGGAGACGUCGAAGAGGAACUUGACCUUGGCUCCGAGCUGCGUGGCUGACCCGGAUUGCUUCGGGUAUCUGGGGAAGUUCGGCACGCAGUGGAAGUCGUGGAGCAAGCGGUAUUGCGUGCUGAAGGAUGCCUGCCUCUACUUUUACCAAGACGCUAAUGCCAAGAGAGCUUUCGGUGCGGCUUACUUGCAUGGAUAUAAAGUACAACAUUACCUAUCAGGGGUUAAGAAACACGCAUUUGAGAUUGUUCCAACAGACCCUGCCAAAAAGCAUUUUUAUUUCCACACAGAUUCUGAAGCAGAUAAGAAGAUGUGGAUAGCUGCUAUGGAAUAUUCGAUAGAUAAAUGGUUGAAGAUCUAAUAAUAUAAAUGUACAUGAUGCAUACUCCAUAUACAUUAUGCUAAUUUCAUUUCAAUUCGAGAAAAAGAGAUUUUAUAUAUUGAACAUGAUGUAACUGUAACUGAUGAUAGGAAUACAUAAAUCUAUACAUAGUUCAAAUUUAUAUUGUAUUUUAGAGUGCCUAAUGACUAGCAACUCAUUUUUUCCUAUGUACUAGCAGAGAAUAUAUUAAUAUGCAGGAUUGAAUUUGUUUCAUGCCAAGCGUGCGAAAUUCUAGCACAGAAAGCUGGUCAGUUUGUUCAAAUUUUGGAAAGAAAUGUCUCAAAUAAUUUAUUACUUGGGAGUUUAGAUUUUUGUGUGAAAUAAAAAUAUUCUUUUUGUUUUGGAGUGUUUUCAUUUCUUAUAUCACCUUUUUUUAUGUUCUGGUUCCCACGAAAAGGGAUAUCCUGUAAUGUUCAGAGAACAUCGUGAGAACCAAGGGAAAUAAGGUAGGAAUUGGUGUUCUCCUUGAAUUUCUGGAGGUUAUAUGCCUCGAGGAACACCUCCCUUGGCAAUGUGUUCCACAGCCUCGCUGUUCGUUGGAUGAACGAGUCUUUGGAAAGAGAUGUUCUGCAGGUCUCCAAAGCGACCACGAAGGAUUGCGAAGCUUUAACUCGACGGGUUAAUCUCGCGGGGACUGC